CCCCGGCCGCUCCCGGACCCCUCCGCCGAGCCUGCGGGAGGCCAUGGAGCGGCGCGGCCCCAUCCACGCUCUGCCCGAGGAGAUCCGCAAGAUGCCCCGGGAGCAGACAGUGUGCAAAUACUGCGGAGUCAGCUACCUGACACUCCACGAGUUCAAGGUGAUGGAAGACAAAGUCAAAGCAAUGGAGAAGGAGAUGAAAGUUUAUAAAGGAAGUCUAGAACGGGAGCAGAGGCUUCAGGCAGAAUUGCAGGCUCUUCACCACGACCUUGAGCGCUGUCGGGCUGAGAGCGAAUCCAAAACGGAAAGGAUAAAAACCCUGACAGUGGAACUUAAAAGCAAGCAGGAGGAGAUGAAAACUAUGAAAGCUGAUUUGCAGUAUUUCCAGGAGGAGAAGGAAACUGCCUCCAAGCAGUCACAGGUGCUCAGAACUACUUUGGAACACCAUUGCUCCACUCUGAACAAGGCUGUCUCUCUGUUCCCUUUCAUUAGAGGUGAAUUAGACAGCAUUAAAGAGGUCAUCUCCACCAACCUGGAGAACUUUGCUGCCAUGAAGGAAGAAAUUUUCCGGCAAAUAAAAGCUGUGAGCAAAGAAGCUCUGACAGAAAUACCCAAAUUGAACCAAAGACUGGCAAAGUCCCAGCGGGAGAACGAGUGUCUCCAGGAGAAGGUGAAACACCUCACUGAGGUGGCUGACACAGUUGAGCUGAAAACUCAGCAGCUCCAAACCUCCCUCCAGCAGGGGAGUGAGCUCCAGAGUCGGUGCCGUGAGCUGCAGAAGGAAACUCUGGAUUUAACAAAUCAGGUGGAGACAGCUGGCCUGCAGCUGCAGAAGGUGACAGCAGAGAUGGACCACUACAAGAAGCUGUUACUGGUGAAGUCAGCAGAACUUGAUGUCUGUCAAAAUGAACUGAAAAAGAUCAAAUAUGAAAAUGGAAUUGUUGAGUCCAGACUUAUGAAAGAGCUGAAGGAAAAGGAGGAAUCCCUUCUCAUUUGCCAACAAGUCUGCAAACAUUUACAGGAGGAAGUGGCUGAGAAAGAAAGGAAAGAAGAAGAUCUGAAAAGAAGAACUGGGAGAUCAGAGAGUGAGCUGGAAACCCUUAAAGCUCUGCUGAGCCAAACAGAGCAGGAGGUGCUGAUGCUGAAACAGGAAAGGGAGCUGCUGCUGGUGUCCCAGCAGAGCAGGACGGAGCAGCUGCAGGAGGCGCUGAGGCAGAAGCUGGAAAUGGACCUGGCCAAAGGGGAGGCUCGGCACAAAGAAGCAAUUCUGAAAGUCAGGGAAGAGGCCAGAGUGGAACUGGACCUGGAGAGACAAAAACAGCAGGAACUGAUCACAAAAUACCAGAGAGAACACGAGGAGCUGCAGCAGAAGAUCCCAGGUUUAAUAUCCAGUGCCACCAAGAGCUUGAGGAUGGAGACGGAAAUUCUGGAGAAGAAGCUCCAAGAUGCCCAAAUGAAGCUGGCAGAGAAGGAUGGAGACAAGGAAAAAGAAAUCCAGAGCCUCAAAAGGCUCAUCAGUGAGCUUGAAUUCCAGCUGACCAUGGAAAAGAGCAACAGUGAAUCAUUCCUGGAUAAACUGAGGAAAGAAAUCAAGCACAAGUCAGAUGAACUGGAAAAAUUAACCCAGGAGAAGACACAGCUGAUUCACAGUUUGAGCCAAGUUCAAGAGGAGAAUUCCCUGCUGCAGGACACGGUGCGCCGGGAGUGCGAGGAGCGCUUCGAGCUGACGGCGGCGCUGGGCCGGGCUCGGGAGCAGGUGCUGGAGCUGCGGAGGCUCAGCGGGACCCUCCCGGCCGGGGAUCUCCGCCUCUCCGGGCCCUCGGGAGCGGCCAGGGCUGCCCGGAGCCUCCGGCACGAAUCCCUGGAUCCCGUCAAGGGAAGGGCGGCCCCGCUGAGCGAGCCCCGGGGCCGGGUCCCCGCCGGGAUGCGGCGCCGGCCGAGCCAGCUCUGACAGCUCCGCCUGGAAAAACAUCCCGACAUCCAAAGAACACCGGCCCAACUCAUCCGUUCCUACCAUUUAAAAUCCGGUUAAAUUUUUAUUUAUUUUUGAUGCAAUAAUUUUUAUCUGUCUAUUAAUUUAUUCAUGGUGUAAUUAAAUGCUGGGUGCAAUUUCAAGGUGAGAAAAGUAAAAAGAGUCUCUCCAAGUGGAGCACAAAGAGCAGCACAUCUUCAAGGAGUGGGACUGAAAUCAGAGAAUCCCUGGAUCCCAGAAGGUUUGGGUUGGAAGGGACCUUAGAGUUCAUCCCGUUCCAAGGCUCUGGGCAGGGAAUAAUGGCCCAGAAUCACAGGAUCAGGAUGGAUGGGGCUUGGAGCAGCCUGGGACAGGGAAGGUGGAACUGGAUGAGCUUUGAGGUCCCCUCCAACCCAAACCAGUCUGUGAUUCCACGAUUCCAUCAUUUCAAACCUGGGCUCUUGUCCCCCUGUCUGUGUCCUGGAGCAGCAGCUGGAGUAAGGGGGGAGCGUGGCCAGGGAGGAGCAGCAGUAAAAUCACAGGAGCAGGAACGGGAUCAUGGCUCUGGCAUGAGGGAGUGGCCAGGUCCUGGAUCCAAACCAAGUCCAGAACAAAUAUUUCCCUUCUCCCCCUCCCUCCCAGAACCCAGAGCUCCUGCUGCUAAGCAGUAAACAAAAUAUGGAAAUGUCAGGGACCCUUUUUUACUGGCUUUGAAAAGAAUUUAACCAAUCUCACCAUGUCAAGGAAAGUUUCCCAAGUGUUUUCCAUGGUGGGAUGAAAGGCAGCAGCACAAAGUGCCACAGAGGACAUGGACACCUCAUUACAGCCCUGAAAUUUUAGGAAAUCCAACUUCCUGCAGGAAGUUCUUGCAGGAGUGGUGUCAGGGACCUUGCACUCCAGGACUCGUGGCACGAGGCAAAGCCAAACAAAGCUCCAGCCCAGACAAGCCUGUCCCUGUGGAUCCUGCCCUGCUGUGGCAGCAUUCCAGCCCUUCCCUUGGAUAAAACAUCCCAUGGCACUGCAAAGGCUUCAGUUUGCCUCUGGCAGGGCUGGGGGUGCUGCCUGCUCUGGAGUGAGCUCCUCCAGGCCUGAGCCUCCCCAGGAGGGAUCAAUCCCUGUGCCAGAGAGGGAAAUGGAGCUGCUGGGAUGGUUCUGAUGCUCUGUGUGAGCCCCAGACACGAUCCACGGCCAAACCCCUCCUUGCUCACCUUGCUGGGGAUCCAUCCCUGCUCCCAGGUGACCAGGGACAAGAGGAGGCCAUGGAAUCUCAGCCUGUGCCUCAGUGUGGCUCAUCCUUUUCCCACCUGAAGUUGCCCAAAAUGUGUUGUUCAGCCUCUGGUCCUGCUGCUCCUUCAGCAGGAGAUGGGAUCAGCACUGGCCAUGCACAGCUUGCCAUGGAUAUCACUUCAUUCCCGCUGGGAUACCACAAACCAAAGCUGGGAUCAUCACUAGACCUUGCUCUGAGGUGUGUGUAGGAUCUGGGAUCCCGACUGUGCCUUGCAGAUGGAGUUUUUCUACAAAAGAAGAAAUUGGACUGCAGGAAAAAGCAUCUUAGUUCCUAAGCAGUGUUAAAAGUGCAUGGAAAUAGAAACCAAUGCCACAGAUCAUUAAAAUGUAUUAAUCAGAAUAAAAACCUGACUGUCUUUCUUUGUGCUGUGCAUUUUCAAUACCAAAAUAAGAGCAGGAUAAUGAAAUUGGGGAGAUUUCCUUUCUCAGACAGCCCCCUACAGCUGCAUUUUUAGUUAUUUAAAACAGGCCCUUAUUUCCAUCAUGAAAAUUCCCUGUUGGAUUUUGUCCUCGGUGGUUACAGGUGGUUGAGAUUGUCCUGCUGAAGGAAGAACAAACCCCAAACAGCUGAGAAGGUGUGAAACACUAAUCCAGGGGUUUCAUCCUCACAGCACAGGACAGAACUCAUCUGGGUGGGAUAAGAAAAAGGGCACUGCCUGAGAUUAAUCUUGAGGGGAUUUUAAUAUAAGUGAUAGUAAUAAUUAGUUAUAAUUCAUUAUAAUUUUAAUCUAAAGAAAUAUACUUUGUGUGGAGCAUGUGGCGUUGCCCUGGGAGCUGUUCCCAGGUCAUGGCAGCUCCCAUGGACUCUUCUCCUUGGCUCUGGGAUCCCACCCAAGCUGGGACAGGCUCAGUGCCAGGCUGGGACUCUGCUCCUUCCCAGGGAACCCAGGGAUGGGUCCAGGUGCCCCCUCAGGGGGAUGGAGACCCUUCCACUGAGGGGUUUGCCCAGGGUGUCUCUGAAUCCACUUCCCCACUUUUCCAGGCCCUGGGUUCCUUCUGUUCCCUACAGAGAUCAGCAGGACUCAGGCACUGGGGAAUGAGCACGGAAUGAGCACAGGGAAAAGGGGAAUAAGCAGA